AUGAGGGUGCUCCUGAGUUUGUGUGCUUCGCUGGUGCUGCUUUGGUCCACUGUCCAGUGUCGCCCUAGCCAUGAUCACAGUCACCAUGGCAAUAAUAACGUCAGCAUUUCUGCCAAUGGAAGCCUGAAGAUAUACCAGGAGAACCUGGACUUUGCUUUCCGUCUGUACAAGCACAUCUCCGCCCAGACCGAUUAUCAGUCCAAGAACGUCUUCUUCUCCCCGCUGAGCGUGUCCGUGGCCCUGGCUGCUCUGUCCGUGGGGGCCAGAGGGAAGACGCACCAGCAGCUCUUUGAAGGUCUGGGCUUCAACAGCACAGAAAUCACCACAGAGGAAGUGAACCAGGCCUUCCAACACAUCCAUCACAACCUCAACGAGAAAACAGACGUAGACCUGUCGCUCGGGAACGCACUCUUCAUUGGACAAGAGUUCAAGCCACGUCCUGAGUUCCUGGAGAGCAUGAAACGCUAUUACGAGUCAGAGGGUUUCAGCACCGACUUCAGCAAGCCUGAAGAGGCCAAGGAACAGAUCAAUAAGUAUGUCAAUGAAAAGACCAAGGGUAAAAUAUCAGAGCUGGUUCAGGAUGUGGAUCCACUGACAGUCAUGUAUAUCAUCAACUACAUAUACUUCAAAGGUAAAUGGCAGAUUCCAUUUGAUCCCAAAGCAACCAAGGAACACGACUUUCAUGUUGAUGAUAAAACAACUGUUUCUGUUCCGAUGAUGUAUGAAGAGGACUAUUUUCAUGUUUAUCAAGAUGAAGACAUCUCCAUUCUCCAGCUGCAUAAAUGGAUCAGAUCAGUGGCGAUGAUGAAUUACCAAGUGUAUGUUCCAAAACUGUCCCUUAAGACCUCAUAUGAACUCAAAGAAAUCCUUCCUGAAAUGGGAAUCACUGACAUAUUUGGGGAUACUGCAGACCUCACUGGAAUAUCAGAGGAAAGGAAACUGGCUGUAUCUAAGGUUAUGCACAAGGCUACCAUAGACAUGGACGAGGCUGGAGCAACAGCAGCCGCAGCCACAGGAAUCGGAGGCGGAGGGUCUUCAGCGGGAUUCCCCGCACCCACCCCCGUCUUGAAAUUUGACCGUCCUUUCAUGGUUUUUGUGCUCAAUGGUGAUACCAGGAGUAUCAUGUUCAUGGGAAAAAUUGUGAACCCAGCAAAAUAAUAAAAUUGCUGUAUAUGUAUGUGUAUACGGUCUGCACACAUUCAUUUCAAUGCACAGAAAAAUCCAGAAAACACCAUAAUAUUUCAGGAUUUCUAACAAUACAAACAUAUAAUUUCUGUACCACUUUUAUAUUAUCCUGAAGGGUUAAUGUGUUGUUGUCCUUAUCAUUAUUCUCAUAUUUCUUUUCACAUAAUUAUGUGUUCUGUCGUCAUCAGCAUUGCUUCUAUGUUCUAUGUGAGGGACUGAGUGAGUGAGUUCAAAGAAGAAAGAUUGCAAAAAAGGGAGGAAGAGAACAAGUUUGACAUUUACUCUUAUAAAAUUAGGUAGUUAUCCUUAAAACUGGCACACACACAUUUGCACUGUCCCUCCUUGAGGGUAUAAAGGAUUGCUGUAAAUACAAAUUUUUAGUAUGGUGUUGAAUCAGGUGUACUCUUUCUGCAGAAAUAAAGACCUCUAUAAUUGGA